GUUUUGCCGGCCAUCCAUCGUAGCAACUACCUCCGCUCCGGUCUUACCAAUGGCCAACCUAACCUGCCGUCCUUUGACAUCCUCGUCCCAUGGCAUGCCCCUGCAUUUGCUUCAGGGCACGACGAAUUGACGAAACAUCUCAAAGUCACCCGGAGACUUACUGCUCACCGCCAUCUCCGCACGGUCGGUUGCCGAAGGAUGCGGACGAGCUGCCUCUCAACGUCUUCUCCAUCGUCCGGUUGCCAGUCCUCGGAACCAAUUGAAUGGAGAAAUAGAAACAAACAUGUGGGCGAGAGUGCGAGGAGCUCGUACUUUGCAUCCACCGUGAUUCACGAAUACUCCGUCUCCAUGUCAGUGUCAUCAGUUCUUUUCAAAAUAACAGCUAUUUAACGUGACAUCGACGAGGAUGGCUGGUUGCCACACGUACGUCUCUCCUCUCAGAAGAGCCCAGAAAGCAGGGUAAUGGAACCCACGGCACUUCACCCUGGAUCUAUGGCCUUGGACCUCAUUUUGGUCGCUGCAUAUUUUAAGCCAGGUCAGUUUCAUAGCCAUCCUGAGGCCGGAAAAAUCCACUCACUGGAAGUGGUGGUCAGUUUCAUAGCCCAGAAAAAUCCAAAGUAUAAGCUUCAAAGCCAAGAUAAAACUUCCUUUAAAUGUAUCCACUCACCUCUAUCAAGUUUUUACGAUUAAACACUCACUAGAAGUGGCGGUGCGUCCCAGUUGGCCAGCUUUAUCCAUAUAACAGGUAGAUGAUUCCGAAGCUUAGCUUAGUCGAGGCUAAUUCUUUUGCUGCUUUCUGCGUCUCUUUCGCACCUUAUCUAUCUAAUCGGAGCUCGAUGAACUCGAGGGCAAGAGGGAAGACGAAAAUAGAAAAUAUUCUAUGCACAAACUCUAGCUGUAGUUACACACCUUGAUCGUACUUGAUUAAAGGCCGAGCUGUCAUUCACAUCACCUCCAACUGUAUUACAGCUCCCUCUGCACCAUAAUGGCGGACGGAGGAGAGAACGGUCUGAGUUCUGAGGAGGAUAUCACGAAGGAUGGUUCUGUAGAUCUCAGGGGUCGACCCUGUGUGAGAUCAAAAGGAGGGAGAUGGACAGCGUGUUGUUUUAUUGUAGGUUAUGAAGUGUUUGAGAGGAUGGCGUUCUACGGGAUCGCAUCAAACCUGGUUAUAUAUCUGACUAAGAAGCUCCAUGAAGGCACAGUUUCCUCCUCAAACAAUGUCACCAACUGGGUUGGAACCGUAUGGAUGACACCAAUCUUGGGUGCAUACAUUGCCGACGCACAUCUAGGCCGAUAUUGGACCUUCGUGAUAUCCUCUGCAAUCUAUCUUCUGGGGAUGGGACUAUUGACCCUCACGGUGUCGCUCCGCUCGCUGAGGCCUCCAUCGUGCAGCACGGCACAGGCCGGCGACUGCAACAGCCAUGUGACAGCAUUCCAAGUGGGCAUUUUCUAUUGCUCGCUCUAUACAAUUGCCUUAGGAACCGGCGGAACAAAGCCGAACAUCUCGACGAUGGGUGCCGACCAAUUCGAUGACUUCGAGCCCAAAGAGAGAGCACAGAAGCUCUCCUUCUUCAACUGGUGGAUGUUCAGCAUCUUCUUCGGGACCCUCUUCUCCAACACCUUCCUCAUCUACAUCCAGGACAAUGUUGGCUGGUCUGUCGGCUAUGGACUUCCAACGACCGGUCUUGCCAUCUCCAUCUUGGUCUUCCUGGUUGGGACACCCUUCUACAGGCACAAGCUGCCAUCAGGGAGCCCAUUUACGAGGAUGGCUAGAGUUGCUGUGGCUGCCAUUCGAAAAUGGGAUGUUCCCCUUCCCAGUGAUCCGAAAGAACUUUAUGAGCUUGAUUUAGAGCACUAUACAAAGGCUGGGAAGUUUCCAAUCGAAUAUACCGCUUCUCUAAGGUUCUUGGACAAAGCUGCAGUGAAGAGCGGUCCUAACACCCCAUGGAAGCUCUGCUCUGUGACCCAAGUCGAGGAAACCAAGCAAAUGAUCAAAAUGCUGCCAGUUCUGGUAGCAACACUAGUACCAAGUGUUAUGACGGCACAGGUCAACACCCUCUUCAUCAAGCAAGGGACCACACUCGACCGCAGCAUGGGACCUCACUUUGAGAUCCCUUCUGCAUGCCUCACGGCAUUUGUGACAAUCUUUAUGCUGAUAAGCCUUGUGCUCUAUGACCGAUGCCUCGUUCCUGCCAUGAAGAAGCACACGAAGAACCCAAGAGGCAUCACAUUGCUGCAAAGACUGGGGAUUGGCCUUCUCGUGCAUGUUGCCAUCAUGGUCAUUGCAUCCUUAACAGAAAGGUAUAGACUGAAGGUGGCAAGAGACCAUGGGCUUGUGGAUGAGAAGGCAGCACUCCCUCUCUCUAUCUUUGUACUCUUGCCACAAUUUGCCAUGAUGGGAAUCGCUGAUACUUUCGUGGAGGUCGCCAAGCUAGAAUUCUUCUACGACCAAGCACCUCUGGGUAUGAAGAGCUUGGGGACUUCUUAUUUCACUACUAGUUUGGGAGUAGGAAAUUUCCUGAGCAGCGUCCUUUUAUCGACGGUAUCUGACAUCACAAAGAAGAAUGGGAGCAACGGAUGGAUUCAAGACAACUUGAAUGCCUCUCACUUGGACUACUACUAUGCAUUCUUUGCCGCUCUCAAUGUCAUUAAUCUCUUCUUUUUCCUGGUUGUUUCAAAGUCUUAUACUUACAGCACUGAUGUCAUUGAGUCGGAAAUUGAGCUGAGAAAGUAUAGUGAGAUGUUGCCGAAGAAGGUCACAAGUGAAGGGAGUGGAAGUCUUCGAGUUAGGGAUACAUGAUCAAAAUUGUAAUUUAUUUGAUUUGCUUCCAUUGGCCCCCACAGGUGCUGAAUCCAACUGUUUCUUCUUCA